GUUGGACCCAAAGCAGUGUAUAAAAAGAAAGUUGAGCUUCAGGAAGUGCAGAGAAAAAGGAUAAAGGACACAGUCUUACAACAAAGGCAGGAGGAAGAGAUAAAAGCUACAGCAGAUGAUCUAACUAAAUCUGCUGUACUGUAUUCCCACCUCAGCCAUGGUCAGUAUGGAGGACUUAGUCAGUGCCUUCAGCAAAGUGUUGUAUCGAGCCUGGAGGGAGGUUCUUGCAUAAAUAAACUGCAUGAGACAGUCUUGUCACAGAAUCAGAAUGGGAAUCUUCAAAACUUUCUACAAGUGCCAGUCCGCAAGAGAUUUGGGGUCCUUGUUCCAGCUCCGUAAUAUCGUGAACCGAAGAGAUGUUCAUGGUCAUGACACAGUCACAGAGAAAUUCAGGGCACACUUUGCGUUUAUUGAGGAUGUCUUAGAUGGCUACAUCUGCAGUGCAUUCCUGGAAUAUUUUGGAAUGGAAAAUUUGGAGUCUUCUCCAACACAGAAUAAGCCCCCCCCCCCUCUCUUAUCAACCUGGCCAAAUGAAGAAAAGUUGAGGUGGCUACAGUCCAUUGGAAGACAUAUCCUUGACGUUUACAUCAAGAAAGGUACUGGUCUCUUGGAAGCAAAUGAAAUGGAAGAAAUGGACAACCAAAGCGCCCAGUUACAGGCAUGCUACAGUGCAGCAGAGAAAGUGUACAUGUGUGAAUGUGGAAAAGAAUACAAAACUUUGGGCCAUUUCAAAAGGCAUUUGCAAAAUGUUCACAACUGGACUUUCCCACAGAAAGGCGAAACCACCCCUUCUUCAAAGGAUGGUGUUGCAGAAGCCAGAGCUUCAUUCAUGAAAUGUUUGUUAAUACUUCGUGAUACAUAUGAUGCCUAUCAGAUGGCAGACGGCAACCGAAUAUUCCGUAUUGCAAAGUUUGAAAUGCUUCUCGCCGAUGCUUUUCACCAUACAAAAUAUAGAUUGUGGCUAUGGAGAUUUCUUGCGUAUGAAAAUGCACUACUUUCACCUCGUCAAGCCUUUGAGUAUAAAUGGAAUUGUUGUUCCAACACCAAUGGGGGAAUUGGUAAAAAUGUUCCAAAUGAUUUACUUGUGGAGAUGAAUGUUAAUGCCAUCAAGCAGAAGUUAAGAUCUCAAGGUGCUAAUGUGACAUAUGACAGUGCCAGAGUUAUUGCACUUUCAAGUCAAGUGCAAGAUGACAUUAAACAAAACAUUAUCCAGCAAUGUGGAUCACAUUUUGGAACUUCAAGGCCACCAGUCAGUAAAGUGACAGACAUCUCCUUGAUCAUACAGGAGAUAGGAAAAGGGCAGCUCAUGAAAACUAUAUUAGGUCGUGAAGGAGUCUUCGCAAACUUUGUAGAUCCCUUUCAAAAGGUUGAUCCUACAACAUUCCACAAGUGGAUAAGUGCACAGAAGCAAAGAGCUAAAAUUGAACUUAUUUGAGGAUCUCCUUGUAAAACGUGUCAAUUAACCAGACAAACAAAUCAUUCUAGACUGAAAGUUCAUGUACUGUAUUAAGUGAUCUUUUAAGAACUUGUCUAAUUAUACAGUUAUCAGAAAUUGGAACUCAAGAAAUUUUUUUUAUCUUCAAAUUUUCCUUUCUUUGUUGUCCAUAUUAAUUUUCAAGCAUUUAUUUCAUGAUUGAUUGAAAUUUUGACUUAAUUGUAUGACUGCUUCAUGUAAGUAUCCAGGGACUGUUAACAAAGUUCUGGUAUAAUAUACUUCAACAGAAAGUAAAAUUAGUGAAAUAUAUCAUUAAGCAGUGUAUGUGUCAUUGAUUAUAUACACAGAUUGAAUUCACUUAAUUAAAAUAUAUUGAACUGAAAAGUAUGUGUGUAGUUUUUAGCUCAAGUGAGGUUUUCUGAUCAUCCGUUGUCCAUCGGCUGUCUGUCCAUCUAUAAAUUAUUUUCACUUUUUUCUUAAUAAACAAUGGGCCAAUUUCAUCCAAACUUG